AUGCUUACAGAGAACGAAGACAUGCCAAUUGGCUGGCCACUUGGGCUUGGCUUCUUGAACAUGAGACUUAGAGUUGGGGAAUCCCUCCCUGCAGCUUCAGUGGCACCAUACCAAUUGCACGUGCCAUCCACCAGUUUCUCUUCAUUUUCAUCCUCUAACCUUGAUACAGAGUCCACGGCAUCGUUCUUCCAAGACAACAGUGUAUCCCUUGCCCAGCUAAUUGGAGUUAGACCAGGUGAAAAAGGGCGCUUGUACUUCCCAAACUCACUAAGGUUUGAAGAAAGGAAGAAGAAAUUAGCAAAGGUUUCUGGUUCCCAUGGCUCUAAAGUGGAUAUGUCUCGAGUCAUUUGCAUACCCUUGCUAAAGAUUAGGAAGAGUAAGAAGAGUUCAAGGAAUUAG